UCACAAAUUAAAGAAAAUAUUUGACAUAUUAGUUGCACGCAAAAUCGCUUAAUAAAAAUUUACAAGCCAAUUCGAUUUAGUAUUAACCCUACAAACUCGAUUACCGAAGAGAUUUAAAAAAUAAAUUUUAUUCAUACACGUAUAAGCCUUCAACAGAAACUGCACCAAAUGUGCAAAUGGCAGCAUAUGUUUAUAUUGUUUUACUUAGUGCCAAGUAAACAUGGACUGGAAAGACGUGAUUCAUUGGUAAGACCUUCAUAUAUUAAUACUGUACGGUUUUUAAUAAUAAACUUGGAAUACCUGGAUAAGGAGUCACAUUCAUUGCUUUUUGAUGAUAUCGAUAAUCUACUAUCCGAAUUAGAAACAAGCCUUAGGGCGCUCCGCAUUAAUCGACAGUCAUGUAACAACAGAUUAUUUCAAGUAAAUGGUCUGGCCAACGAUACCUCUUUACUGAAGAGCACAGAAAAGCAGUUACUUUUUCUGAAACUACUUUUUAAAACUGGCUGUCCAAAUGAAUAUCAUAGGAAUAUUCCGAAAGUCCGCUCGCCAUAUAAACCAUUCCAUUUUCCCUUUGUACCAGAACAUGAACCUAAUGGGGAUUGCCCUCCAGCAAACCCAUCUUGCCAGGGAUCAGGCUAUCCAACUAGUCGUCCUCCGCCUCCUCGACCAGCACCCACUGCUCCUCCAACUAAGCCAACCACAUCCUUUGUGCCUACAACUACUACUACUACUAUUCCUACUACUACUACAAUGCCUACCACCACUGCG